AUGGGUUGUAUGAGUUCAAGCGCAGCAUCAAGACCAGUAAUACCGAGUUCGAUUCCUGGUGAUUUUACUGUUAUAGCUCAGCAAGUGAAACAAACGUGGCCUGAUGUGAAAAAAAUUAAUAAAUUGGGAGAAAAGACGUUUGCUCAUUUAUUAUAUAAAUACCCUGAAUUUAAACCACUCUAUCAUAUUCCUGAAGCAUACAAAACUGAAGCUGAUUUAUUGAAUGCAAAAGAAAUUCAAGAACCAAGUGAACGUUUUAUUUCGUUCUAUGGGGAGAUAAUUCAACAUAGUAAUACAAAAUUUAAUGAAGUAGUAAGAGAAAAAGCAGUCGAACUUUAUGCAAGAAAUAUUCGUACAAAUCAAAUUAAAGUUUACGGCGAAAGUCUUGUUCAUGUUAUUCAAUAUGAACUUAACAUCGAUUUAACGGUCGAAGAAAAACAAGCUUGGCAAUUAUUUAGUAGUGAAGUAUCACGUUGUUUAGCUGUUGAAAUGUCGAAAUUUCCUAGAAGAUCAAUAGUUUAA